AUGAUGUAUACAUCCCAAGAAUCACUCUUGCUCUUAAAUGUGUGUCUUCUCAUUUGUGGAGAAGCUGUACAGGGCAGCUGUGUUCCUCACUCUACGGAUUCUUUAGUAGGUAACAAUGUGGAAGAUAAAGCUAAACUCAAAGAGAAAAGUCAAAGUAAUGAUACUGUAUACAAGGAGAAUUGUAGAGAAUCAUGUGAUGCUAAGACCAAAACAACUCAAGAAGAAAAACAUUUUAUGUGCAGAAACCUGCAAAAUUCUAUUGUUUCUUAUACAAGAAGUACCAAAGAACUACUAAGAAAUAUAAUGGAUGAACAACAAGCAUCUUUGGAUUACUUGUCUCGCCAGGUUAAUGAGCUCAUGAAUCAAGUUCUCCUUUUGACUACAGAAAUUUUUAGAAAACAGCUGGAUCCUUUCCCUCCCAGGGCUGUUCAGUCACAUGGUUUGGAUUGCACUGAUAUUAAAGAUUCAAUUGGUUCUGUCACUAAAACCCCUAGUGGUUUAUAUAUAAUCUUUCCAGAAGGAUCUAGCUACCCAUUUGAGGUGACAUGCGACAUGGAUUUCAGAGGAGGAGGAUGGACUGUACUUCAGAGAAGGCUCGAUGGGACAACUGACUUCCAAAGGCUGUGGUGUGAUUACCUGGAUGGAUUUGGAGACCUUUUAGGAGAAUUUUGGUUAGGACUGAAAAAGAUUUUUUACAUAGUGAACCAGAAAGAUUCGAGUUUUAUGCUUCAUGUCGCCCUGGAAUCUGAAGAUGGCACCUUUGGUUAUGCUUCAUAUGAUAAUUUUUGGCUAGAGGAUGAAACAAAAUUUUUUAAAAUACACUUAGGGCGAUAUUCAGGAAAUGUUGGUGAUGCAUUCCGGGGCUUCGGAGAAGAUGAUAAUCAGAACACAAUGCCUUUCAGCACCUCAGAUGUCGAUAAUGAUGGGUGUCGCCCUGCUUGCCUGCUCAAUAGUCAGUCAGUGAAGAGCUGCAGUCACUUGCAUAAAGACACUGGCUGGUGGUUCAACCAAUGUGGUCUCACAAACCUAAAUGGCAUCCAUCACAGUCCUGGCAAACUGGGUGCAACUGGAAUUCAGUGGGGCACAUGGAUCAAAAACAGCUCAGUUGUCAAGAUUAAAUCUGUCUCAAUGAAAAUUAGAAGAACUUUACAACCCAAAGUUUAA